AUGGGCUCCUUGCUGAUGCCGCUGCUGAGCAGCGUGGCAGCCAAGGUGGGCGACGUGCUGGUGGGUGAGCUGCUGCGGGCGUGGGGGCUGGACGCGGCCCACCGGAAGCUGGAGCGCCACCUCGCGGCCGUCCAGCACAUCCUGCUGGACGCCGAGGCGAAAAGCCGCACCAACCCCGCCGUCCGCCAGUGGGUCAGCGACCUCAAGACGGCCGCCUACCAGGCCGACGACGUCCUCGACAACUUCCGCUACGAGGCGCUGCACCGCCGCGCACAGACCCGCCGCUCCAUGCCCACGACGCGCAAGGUGCUAAGCUACUUCACCGUUGAUAGUCCCAUAGUUUUCCGUUUUUCCAUGAGUAGGAAGAUGAAGGAUGUCAUUGAAAAGAUAGAUGAGCUGGUUGUGGAGAUGAACAAUUUUCACUUCCUUACGCAUACCAAGACACCAAGCAUUGUUCACCCGCAAACACACUCUCGUGUUGAUGAAUCAGAGAUUGUAGGCAAACUACAUGAGAAGGAACAGGUGGUGAAGAUAUUGCUCGAGAACCAAUGUGACAACAAUAAUGUCAUGGUCCUCCCAAUAGUUGGCAUGGGGGGCAUUGGCAAGACCACCCUUGCUCAACUCGUGCACAAUGAUCAGAGAGUGAUGCAUCAUUUUGAUUUGGUCAUAUGGAUCUGUGUCUCUGACCAGUUCGUCGUUGAAGAAAUAAUUCGAUCUAUUAUAGAAGUGGCCACGAUGAAGAAGUGUGAAUUGAUUGAGAUGGAGGCACUGCAAAAGAAACUUAGCCAAGUGUUGGGCAAGAAAAGGUACCUCCUAGUUAUGGACGAUGUUUGGAAUGAAGAUAGACAAAAGUGGGAUGGUCUGAGAUUAUUACUAUGCUCAGAUGCUGGCUCAGGUAGUGCUAUAAUUGUGACAAGCCGCAGCAACCAAGUUGCUUCUGUCAUGGGAACAAUUCGUUCACAUCAGAUAUCACUUCUGAAUGAGGAUCAAUCAUGGGAGCUUUUCCACAGGAAUGCAUUUGUAGGGGAAGUGGAAAAGCAAGAUGAACUGAUUUUAAUGGCUAGGAACAUUGUCCAGAAGUGUAAGGGGUUGCCUCUUGCUAUCAAGACCAUUGCAGCUUUACUUCGUAUGGAGCAUCACAAUGAGUGGUUUUCUAUUCUGGAUAGUGAUGUCUGGAAGAAUGAGAUCCUCAGAACUGGGUUUAUACCUGCAUUACAGCUAAGCUACGAUCACUUGUCACCCGAAGCAAAAAUAUGUUUUUCCUUCUGUGUUAUUUUCCCGAAGGGUAGCAUGCUCGAUAAAGACAUGUUGAUCCAAUUAUGGCUUGCCAAUGACUUUAUUGCAUCAGAAACAAGGGGCCAACAAAUUUUUGAAGUGUUGGUUUGGAGAUGUUUCCUCCAAGAUGUGAAAACUCAAGAGAAUCUGCUCUCAGGAUUUCGAGAUGAGUACAUCCACAGACCAACUGCAUGCAAGAUGCAUGAUCUCAUGCAUGAUCUUGCUGAGUCCGUAAGCGAAAAUGAUUGCACAAUUCUUCAAAAGUAUUCACCUAAUGAAAGUAUGCAAGGAUCCACACAUGAUAGUUUAUUACUACGUGAUGUUCGACAUUUGUCACUUGUUUCUAUCAAUAAUACUAGAGCAGCCAUGAAGGAUAUUAUAGCUCCCCGCACAAUAAUAUUCCAAAAGGAGUGGUUUGGGACUCCUCUGAUUAUGGCAGAGUCAAAAUUCAUGUCCUUACGAGCAUUGAAGGCCUUCUCAAUCAAGACACGUAUGACAAACUUGAAGCAUCUUCGCUAUCUAGAUUGUUCUUAUUCUCUUAUACGUGCCCUGCCAGAAGCCACUUCCAUGUUGUAUAGCUUGCAAACUCUAAAGCUCAUUGGUUGUCAAAAUCUCAAGAAAUUACCAGAAGGGAUGAGAUGCAUGAUCAAUCUUCGGCACAUCUUCCUCAUUGGGUGUUAUUAUUUGGAGCACAUGCCAAAGGGUAUUGGUCAGCUAAGUUAUCUGCAGACAUUGACCAAUUAUGUCAUUGAUAGUGACACAAGUCGUGGAAUCGAUCAAGUAAAAGAUUUGAAUCUUGGUGGGGCUCUUUCUUUGAUUGGGCUGAGAAAAGUGCACAGCGCAGAAAAUGCUAAAGAAGGAAAUAUUUCUGCCAAGCAUAAUUUGAAAUGUUUAUCACUCGAUUGGUAUGGACCUUAUAGCACACAUGUUGGAGAUGAAGUACAUAAUGCAGAAGGAAUAUUAGAGGCCCUUCAUCCUCCCAAAAGACUUCAAGUUUUACAGUUAUCUAAUUAUACUGGUGCUCAAUUAUCAUUGUGGAUGCAUGACUCUAUACUGUUAGAACAUCUCAGUGAACUUUCUCUGAGUAGCUGCAAGAACAUCAAGGAUCUUCCACCAUUAUGGCAGCUGCCCUCCCUCGUGUACUUGAGUUUGGAUGGUCUGCAUGACUUGACACGUAUAUGCAUUGGUAAUGUUGCAGACAAUGGGGAAUCAUGUAUGUCCCCACCGCUCUUUCCUAAAUUGGAAACCAUGAAAGUUUCCAGCAUGCCUAAGCUAGAGAGAUGGCACCAGGAGGCGACAGGGCAAGUAGCAGUCAUAUCAUUCCCUCAGCUCAAGAAGCUAAAGAUUUCUGAGUGUCCAAUGUUAGCAAGCAUGCCCAGGAUGCUCCCUUUGCUUGAAGAUCUAGAGGUGAGGUGGACAACAAAGAUCCCCUUUUACCACAUGAUGAAUCAGUGUGUGCAAUCAAAUCUUGAGUGCAAAGGCUACAUUGAAGUGGAACCUGCUGGUUGGCUGAUGAGGGACAUCCAUUUAUCGAGGUUUCGUGACUCUGAUGUGUCACUGAAAUUAAAAGAUCUCGUGGAACAUGCAGAGCACUUUGAAGAGGAACUCAAGAGAAUACCUUGCAGAUUUAUUAAGAAGAUGAAGAUAAUAGACUGCAACUGUCUUUUCUCAUCUGAACCAUCCCAAAUACAGCGAAAUAUAUGGAAUCGUUUUGUCUUUGUUGAAGAUCUGUGGAUUAUAGGCUGCAGCAAUAUAGUACAAUGGCCAACAGUGGAAUUCAGAAACUUGAAUUAUCUUCAAUCUCUGCACUUGAGUAAUUGUUCGAACUUAACGGGCUCACUUCCAUCAACAUCCGAUGCUGAAAAUGUGCUGCCUCCUCGACUCAAAAAGCUUGCAAUUGUAAGCUGUGAAAAUAUGAUGGAAGUGCCAAAGUUGCCUGCGUCUCUUGAAGAAUUGCACAUAGCUUAUUGCCACAAGCUGGUAACGGUGCCAACAAUUCUUGGGAACGCCAGAAAUCUGAGAAGACUUUUUCUGGCCAAGUGCGACGCCCUGACGACGGCAGUUCCAGAUGGAAUGUAUAGACCCACUGCGCUCAAGGAGCUGAAUAUUUCUGAGUGCCCAAUGGUAGAGACGCUAACGGAUGGACUCCUGCAGCAGCUCCUUACCCUUGAGGGAAUAUAUAUCGGAGGUUGUCCGGACUUGGAGAGAGCCUUGGCGAGCGCAUUCUCAAGAGGAGGAGCAUACUGGCAUUUGGUUGAAGCAAACUCACAUAGAGGCAUAUCAACAACGUCUAAUGGAAUUCGGCUCGAGCAAAGUGGAGAGAUGGCUGCUGCUCACGCUGAUGAGGCCAUCAACCCAUGCCCUAGAUGCCUUUGUGAAUGCGCGCAAUGUUGCACAGCCUGCCUUUUCUGUACCCUGUGCAUGCUCUGUUAAGCAACGUAUAAUCUGCCUAGUCGUGACAGGUUGAAGACUUGCGUUCCAAGGGUAGUCCGGCGUAGAUAGGCCAGGUUGUUAGCAUAUAGUUUAUCUUU